AAUUCAGCACGAGUAAAUCAAAACUAAAUUACAACCGAGCUGAAGAGAAAUAAACGUUAAAAAUGGUGAUGGGAAACCGAAAUCUGUCAGAGAACCAGGCAACCUUUUAUCCUCCUUCUUUAAAUCCUGCAUACAUGGGUGCUCAUCCGCCAAUUAAAGUCGGCGGUUCAUCCUACGAAGGAGGAACAGUGAGCUAUUUCCAAAAUUACAGAAACGAGACUCUGUCCAGGUUUUCGAUGCCGCCUUACGAAUGGGGACUGCAAAGCACCCCUUACAGUCCAAGACCGGAUUUAGUCGCUGCCGCGAAAGUUCGUGACUACAACAGGUCGUUAUCGGUUCCACGAAAUAACGUCACAACGAUUGAUGCAGGACGCAUGCAGGAAGUCGAUGAUCUGUACAAGGGCGUACAAAUGCAUCGUCAACAGUACAAGGACCAUACAGGAUCCCUCCACCCGUUGAGCUUCUUCAAAGCGGACGAGUACGCGUUCCAGUGUUCCCCGACACUGAUACCCUCCUACUUUUCCAAGUAUCCGGAAACCUACACGGAGUACAAACGACCUCCUGUCGUCCCUCUGACCUUUGAGAGGGCGUCCAAGACCCCGUACAUGCCCGAAUUGGCCUUCCCGGGAAUUUAUUCUCCUGGCAACUGUAUCGCCUACAAACGAUAAUCUUUGGUUGUUUACGAGAGAAGAAUC